GUUUUAUUUACACUUCUUGGUUGGUCGCUGGUAUUUCAGGUCGCAGCCGAGUCUUCGAAACUGUCCUUGCUGACUUCUUUAAGACACUUGUUGAGAUAUUAUUAGAAGAUGGAUGCUGAAGAAAGAGCUCGUCGCCGUGAAGAACGUAGAAAGAAGAGAGAAGCUGAGAGGUUAGCAAAUGCUGCCAAUCUUGAACAAGAAGAUGAAGAAGCUGCAGCUCGCCGUGCUCGUAGAGAAGCACGUCGCCGGGCAGCUGAAGGAGAGGAACAAAAUUCAUUGCAAGAAAAUGAAACUUAUACUUCUAAGACUACAUUCAGCAGCAAACAAUAUGAACCAGAUCAGGAAACUGAGUCAUAUACAUCAACGUCUACCUACCAGAGUAGGUAUUCCAGAGAACCAGAACCAGAGCCAGAACCUGAACCAGAACCAUGAAGAGCCAGAAGAGCCAGAACCUGAGCCAGAACCUCAGAUAGAGCCCCAGUUUGCUGAUGAACCGGAGCCUGAAUUUGAACCAGAACCAGUACCAGAACCUGCAAGAUUAUCUCGUAAGAUAGAGGAACCCACUCCAGUUGAUGAAAAGCCAAAGUUGAGGAAAGUUCCAACAAUUGAGAAGACGGAAGAUGAAUCUGGGAGUCAUGGAUCUGAAGCUAUUCAUCAGCUGGAGGAAAUUCGUGAAAAACGUCUUCGUGAAGAAGAAGAGAGGAUGGAGCAGCAGAUGGAACGUAGACGCUUAGAAAGAGAGAGACAGGAACGUGAAUUAGAAGAGCUAAGAGAAAGAAAGGAACAAAGAAAACGAGAACAAGAAGAAAGAGAGAUGAAACGUCGACAAGAAGAGGCUCAACGCAAAGCCAGAGAGGAGGAAGAAGCUGCCAAACGUAGAGCAGAUAUGGAGCGACGCAAAGAAGAAGCUAAAGAGAAGCGUAGGCAUAUGAUGAAUGGAGGAAGACAACCUGUUAUGAAACUGGACAUAAGGGCUAAUAUUUCUCGAGCCAAACAGGAAUCAUCUAAAGAAAUUGAAGAAAAGGCGAGAGAGAAAGAGAGAGUAUUAAAGGAGAGAGUGCCAGCCCUUAAUACUGAGUAUGCUUCAGUUCAGAGACUUCAAGAACUGGCAAUGGAAUAUAAUGAGCAACUCCGACAGGUUUUAACCAAUGUUUAUGAUUUAAAUCAACGUGAUAAAAGACAACAGUAUGAUAUUACUGAACUGAGUCAGCGACUGAAGGAGAUUACAGCGAAAGCCAGUGUGAAGAAGAUUGGGCUUGGUGUUGAGACCCAAAAAGUGACACGAUUCAUGGAUAAAAUGGGAACUCAGCAAGAACAGGAGGGAUCUAAGGGGGAGCAGCGUAGAUUUUCUCGUUUCAAGGAACGUAAUGAAGGAAUAGCUGCUUCUGGUGGGGUUGCCGGUAGGCUAAGUAUGUUUCAACAACAAGCACAGCAAAAUGAGAUAAAUACUACACCUCGCAGGGGUGGUGGAGGGAGUAAAGUGUGGAAGCCUCCUGUGGGUGAUAAGUGUAAGAUCUGUAACAAAACUGUCUAUGCCAUGGAGAAAUUAGAAGCUGAUUGUAAACUUUUCCACAAACUCUGCUUCAGAUGUGAGACUUGUAAAAGAGCUAUAAAUUUGGCAAAUUUUGCGGUGUUGGAUGAUAAGUAUUAUUGUAAGCCCCAUCAACGAAAGAUUAUACGAGAAAGAGGGCAGGAUGGGCAAGCUGAAGUCAACCAUACUGAGAAUCAUACCAAUGGUGAUGAAGAGCCGUAGAUUCCCAGGGAACUGUAACCAUGGCUGCACCAUAGUUCUAUUCGUUACAUUUCAUGUAGCCUUAAUUAUUAACAUAGGUUAUAAUUAUGCAUGUUAUUUUGUAUUAUUUUCGCUAAACAUUUUAAGAUAGGGCAAUUUUAACUUGUCCCGGAGAGCAAUAAUAUUUUUUGUAUCCUAAAAUCAUACCAUUUGAAAAAGAUUGAGUGUAAUUUUAUACUAUAUAAUAUUAGCAUGUAGUCAAUAUAUAUUUUAUCAUAUGCUGGUCAGUUUAUUUGACCCACAAAUUUAAUAUACUUGUGAUUUUAGAUUAAUUGCUGGUCAUUUUUUUGCUGAAGCAGACAUUUAGUUUUUUGUAGAUGCAAUCAUUUUUUGUCUAGCUUUUUAAAUUGUUUUAAGGACCUUCCAUCAAAAAUACAACUGAGCAGCCCCUCCCCCUGGAGACUUGUUUGCCACACUCUUAAUAUUCUUGCCUUGAUUAAGAUUCACAUGUGAACUACGUUUCAAAAUGCAAACAGGCAACUGAAUGGCAAUAUCUUCAAACUAAUGUUUUUAUGUACGCUUAGUUUUGAUGUUUAUCAAAUUUCAGUUUCUUGACUUCUUUAGACAUACAUAAUAUCAGUUACUAUUUAUUAGAUUACGGAUCAGAAAUUCAGGGAAAUUGUUGUAUGUUUAUCAGAUCAGGAAAUGGUUUUAUAAUAUCAACCAAGAAGUCAUUUAUAGUCAUUGAUUGACCUAUUCGUAUGCGGACAUAUUUUGAUCCAGGAAUAAAAACCAUGAAUCUAGGGUGAACAAUUAAAGCACAAGUUCAUAAAUGCAGCCAACAAUUGUUUGAAUGUGAAAGCUGUAAAAUUUACCGUGAUUUGUGCUGAUUUUAUUACUGGUAUGGCCGACAUUACCGGUACUAAUGAUGAAUGGUACUAACUGCACUAGGGUCCAGUAUUGCAUGGAGUAAGAUAUCUAUAGAUCCAGAACACCAACACUAACAAAUUAUUUCAUAGAGUAUUCAAAUUUCUAUUUUUAAACUGCUUUUUAUGUAUAAUUUAUGUAUUUUAUCCUACUUUUAGUAUUUUCAGUUUGUGAAAUGGAUAUACACCUCUUCUCAUCAGAAUUUAUUGCAGAUAUUUUAAGACCAGUGCCCAUCUAUUCUGAUAGUAUUCACUAAAGUUAUUUACUAUGUUAUAGCCAUUAUUAUAUAAAGGUUAUCUGGUUAUUUUACAUUUUAGUAAUAGCAUUUACAGAUUUAUGAUUUACGUUUUAGAAUUUCUCUUGAGACUUUUAGUAGAAAGAAAUGUUGGUCGUAGCACUCUUGGUAUUAGCAUAUUGUUAAUGAACCAGCACUUGUUUUCUUUUUAAAUUUAAACUGAGAUCAAUAUUCCUUAUUGUCUUUUUCUCUUUGUCUAGCUAGCUUUUACUUCUACACUACCAUAAUUCAAAUACUUUUACAAAUAACAUUUAUUACAAUGUUUUAUAUAAGGAUUGGAUGGUGCUAUCUUACUGUAGGUUUAACAUUGCCUAAUAUACACUUGAGACCUACAGAAGCAGAGUCAUGAUUCGUCUAUAGAAAGAAAACUCUAAAUUGUUUUGCAGUUACCCAAACAAUGUUUUUCAUGAAGAUACCAGCUAAAAACUUUUCAUUAGAUGACAAUUAUUCUUGACAAUAUUAGCCCACCAAUGUUACCAGUGUUGGAAAUAUAUAUUAGGAUGAAGCACUGAGCAUGUGAAUAAUUAGAUUCACACAAUUAUGUGUGCAAUAUUGUAUAAUAUUGUAGUACAUGUAUAAAUUAUAAUUAGAAUAAAACAUCAUUGCAGCCUU